AUGGCCGCCGGCGCGUGGCCGGCGGCCGCGGCGGCGGCCCGCGCGGCGGUGCGCACGCUCGGGCGCCUCGUCCCCCGCACCCACACCCACUCCACCGCGGCCACCACCAACUCCUCCCCCUCCUCCUCGGCGCACACCCUGGACGACUACAACCGCCUGCUGGCGGCCCUGGCGCGGGACGGGGACGGCGAGUCGGCGCUGCGCGUGCUCCGCCGCAUGCGCCAGGGCUCGCCCGCGGCCUGCGCGCCCACGGCCGCCUCCUACGUCUCCGCCAUGUCGGCGCUCGCCAAGGCCGGCCGCGCCGCCGACGCCACGGCGCUCUUCGACGACAUGCUCGCGCACGGCGUGGCGCCCGACCGCCGCGCCUACUCGCUCCUCCUCCACGUCUACUCCACCCACCUCGGCCUCCCCGCCGCCGGCCUCUCCGUGCUGCACUGGAUGUCCGGCCUCGGCGUCCGCCCCAGCGCCGUCGACUACGCCGACCUCAUCUUCUCCUUCUGCCGCGCGGGCCAGCUCCCGGACGCGCUCCAGCUGCUCGACGAAAUGCGCGAGCUCGGGUACCCGCUCCCCCCGCACGUCUACUCGCCGAUACUCCAGGCCCACUGCGACGCUGGCGACAUCCCGGCCGCCGAGGCGCUCAUCGCCUUCAUGCGCGCCUCCGGGGGCCGCUCCGGGUGCAACCCCGACGUCGUCAUCUACAACAUCUACAUCCACGGGCUGUGCAGGGUCGGGGAUUUCCACGCCGUGCAGAGGGUUAUCAACGACAGCGUCUGGAACUGGUGGGUGCCGGACGCGGUGACCUACAGCACCUACGUUGCCGGGCUCUGCCGGGCUGGAUAUAUCGAGGACGCGUUCCGGCAGCUGGACAUCAUGGUCGCCAAGGGGCUACAGCUGACCGUGGUCGGCCUCAACAUACUGCUGGAUUACGCUGCCAAGGAUGUAGAUAUGUGGGUUGCCAAGGAGGUGCUGGAGCGCUGCGAAGAGCUGGGCUUCGAGGUCGACGUCGUGACGUACAACACGGUCAUGGAACAUUUCUCCAAGAAGAUGCAGUGGCUGAUUGCCCUCAGGCUGUUCACCGAUCUGCUCAAGAAGCCCAUAACACCCGAUGUGCAGACGUACAACAUCUUGAUCUCAUCCCUGUGCCGAGCCGGCAAGUUUGAGCUCGCCAAGUUCGUCUUCAGUUGCAACGGGUUUGUGGCGGACACCGUGACCUGUAACAUUCUGAUCCAUCAGUUCUAUGGUGCUGGAAAGGAGGGCGAGCUUGGGUUCUUGUUCUCCGAUGUUGACGCAGGGAAGAUUACCCCAGAUACAAUCACAUACAACACGCUGGUCGAUUGCCUCUUUAGGUCUGGGAGGAGGACCGAGGCUGCCAAUCUGGUCAGGCACAUCGACGGCGGCUACCCUGCGGAGCCCGUAGCACAUCUGGCUUUCUGGUUGGUUAGGAGCGGAAAUGUUCGAGAGGCUUUGAGUCUGUUUGAUGACAUGCUAGUGAAAGGAGUCGCUUUAGAUGCUAUGGUUUUCACCAAUGUGAUCAAGGCAUUCUGCAGAAAGGGUCCAGGGGAGUGCACAGAUGUGACACAGCUGUGCUCUGUGCUGGAUAGGAUGCUUGGGAUUGGAUGA